AUGAAACUGAGUCCGUUCCCCGAGCCGCUGCCCUCGGACGCCGAAGAAUGCUCAACCAGCUUCCAUCCCCGCUGGACUCACUACAGCCUCACCCCUCCGAGUGAAUCGCCAGACCGUACCGAAGUAUUCCCACCGGUCCAAGGGGCGCCCGCGUCAGUGGCCGUCAUCGGCGUGGGCUACGUCGGCCAGCACCUAGUCGCCACAUUCUCCAAAGCCUUCGCAGUAAUAGGAUACGAUGUCUCCCAGGAACGCAUCGAUCAAGUCCGGAAGCAGCUCCUGCACAAUGACCAAGCCCACUUCACCACUUCUGCCGCGGAAAUCAGCCAGGCCACGUACUUUCUCAUCGCCGUGCCCACCCUCCUCCGGCCAGAUAAGAGCAUCGACUCGUCCUCCCUGCGUGACGCCGUCGCCAUUGUCAGCACCCAUGCGCGGCCUGGCUCUACCGUCGUCAUUGAGAGCUCCGUGGCCGUUGGCAUGACACGCGCCUUGCUCGGACCGCUGGCCGCAAGCAAGGGCUUCUACGCCGGCAUGUCACCCGAGCGAGUCGACCCGGGCCGCUCGGAGCCUGCCGCGCACGCAAUCCCUAAAAUCGUCGCUGGGCUAGACGACGUGGCUCCUGGGUCUCUCGAAACAAUCAAGGAGCUCUACUCAAGCGUUUUCGACGAGCUUGUCCCGGUGUCGUCGCCCGAAGUGGCCGAGAUGACGAAGCUCUAUGAGAAUUGCCAGCGCAUGCUAUGCAUUGCAUAUGCCAACGAAAUGGCUGACGCGUGCGUCCAGCAUGGAAUUGACGCGUACGAGGUCUGCCAUGCCGCCGCUACCAAGCCAUUCGGGUACAUGUCAUUCGUGCCUGGUCUCGGCGUCGGGGGACACUGUAUCCCCGUAAACCCGUACUACUUGCUAUCCAAUAGUAAUUUCCCCCUUCUGCGAGCUGCGUCCGACAAGAUGGCCGCUCGGCCGCGCGAUGUGGCCCGCAGGAUUGUUGCCAGGUUCUCCGCCCGAGAGGCUGUUCCUAGGCGUCCUCGCGUCCUGGUAGUGGGUAUGGGAUUCAAGCCCGGGCAGUGCCAUUUGGCCAAUUCGCCGGGACUGGAGCUGGCUCGCAGCCUCGUCGUCACGGCCGAGGUGCAGGUAAUGUGGGUUGAUCCGCUGGUGCCGCAGGAUGCGAUUCCGCAAAUACCACGGCUGGAGGUGCAAGAAUGGUCGGUGCCGUUGCUGGACUCGCGGUUCGACCUUGUUGUUGUGGCAUUCAGGCAGCAUGGCUUGGACUGGUCACUGUUGAAUCGGCUACAAGUCGCGCAGGUGGAAAUGUGGUGUCCAUAG